AUGCCAGAGCAGCCUUUGCUGCUUAGCAUGGCGCUUGUGGAUGCCCCAGUCGGAGCAUCGUCCUUGAACAAUUCGCUCUUCAUGACUGAUUUUGACCUCACUCAUUCUGCGAUGCCUGGGUAUGUUCAAAUACAGUUUGACCAAGACUUCAUGAGACCAGGAAGAGGCUUCGCGGUUGCUGACGCACAUGGCACGAUCGACGCCUCCUUUCUUCACAAAGCCAAAGACAUCUUCCAGUUCUUUGUGGUUCACAUGCGGUUUGCAGAUCUCAACUCCGAAGCACAUCGCCAUGACAUUUCGCAGAUUCUUGAAGGAGCUCGGACAAGGUGCGUCAUCAUUCUGGGGCGGGAUGCUCCAAGUGCCGCGGCAAGUGCUACUGGUAACUUCAGCCAUGAGAAGCUUGUAGUCCUGCCGGUGCCAGACCUCACGAAUCAGAAUUCCGAGCAAAGCAAGGUCAAUGUGAAUCGCCUUCGCAAGUAA